AUGCAUCUCCCUUCUCAGCAGUCAGAUAACAACUGCCAGGUCUCUGUUGGUGGUGUUUUCCAAAACCUGACUCUCAGCAGUCUGACACGUGUGGUGGUUAUUGAACAAAGGAGCAACCAGUUCUCAUGGAAAACCAUCUGGAACUACAACAUGGGUAUCAUUGCAACCAAACUGGUGCAACAGAACACCUGCUACAUUUCUGUCAUGAACAGAAAUGAGAUGCCCAGCUUUGAGAAUCUGGCCCACCUGGCUUCACAGAAUGGGAACCAGGUUGGCCUUGGAAGACCUUCCAAGGAGAUCACCUUUGUCACCAAUGGAUUGGUCAGCAACCUCAGCUCCUACGGAAUAGACAUCACAGCUAUGUGCAGCGGACUCACCACCUACAUGGCUACCGAAGUUAACACUUUCCAGGGACCCCAGGUGAAUCUGGGAUCAUGCAUUACCCUGGAUGUCCUGAGAAUUGUGGAGCUGAAGUAUUGCACUGGCAAUGGAAAUGGCAAUUGGAAUGGCAAUAUCCCGUCUCAGCAGAUUCCCGGUGGUGAGGGCAACACACAAGUCAUCAUUGGUGGCCAGUCCCAAGUUGUGACCAUCAACAGGCAAUGGCAUGUGGCAAUCAUUGAGAAAAAGGCUGGCAUUGGGUCCUGGAAAACCAUCUGGAACUACAACACGGGUGUCAUUGCAACCAAAGUCACUCAGCAGAACGCCUGCUACAUUUCCAUCAUGAACAGAAAUGAGAUGCCCAGCUUCAAUAACCUGGCCCGCCUGGCACAAGAGAGCAGGAACCAGUUUGGUCUUGGAAGACCUACCAAGAAGAUCACCUUUGUCACCAAUGGAUUGGUCAGCAACCUCAGGUCUUAUGGAGCAGAUGUCUUCUCUAUGUGCAGUGGCCUCACCACCUACAUGGCUUAUGAAGUUCACGGACCCCAGGUGAAUCUGGGAUCAUGCAUUACCCUCCAUGUCCUGAGGGUCGUGGAUCUGAAGUACUGCACUGGCAAUGGCAAUGGACAGUCUCAGCAGAUUCCCGGUGGUGAGGGCAACACACAAGUCAUCAUUGGUGGCCAGUCCCAAAUUGUGACCAUCAACAGGCAAUGGCAUGUGGCAAUCAUUGAGAAAAAGGCUGGCAUUGGGUCCUGGAAAACCAUCUGGAACUACAACACGGGUGUCAUUGCAACCAAAGUCACUCAGCAGAACACCUGCUACAUUUCCAUCAUGAACAGAAAUGAGAUGCCCAGCUUCAAUAACCUGGCCCGCCUGGCACAAGAGAGCAGGAACCAGUUUGGUCUUGGAAGACCUACCAAGAAGAUCACCUUUGUCACCAAUGGAUUGGUCAGCAACCUCAGGUCUUAUGGAGCAGAUGUCUUCUCUAUGUGCAGUGGCCUCACCACCUACAUGGCUUAUGAAGUUCACGGACCCCAGGUGAAUCUGGGAUCGUGCAUUACCCUGGAUGUCCUGAGGGUCGUGGAUCUGAAGUACUGCACUGGCAAUGGCAAUGGACAGUCUCAGCAGAUUCCAGGUGGCAACUUCAACAACACACAAGUCAUCAUUGGUGGCCAGUCCCAAGUUGUGACCAUCCACAGGCAAUGGCAUGUGGCAAUCAUUGAGAAAAAGGCUGGCAUUGGGUCCUGGAAAACCAUCUGGAACUACAACACGGGUGUCAUUGCAACCAAAGUCACUCAGCAGAACACCUGCUACAUUUCCAUCAUGAACAGAAAUGAGAUGCCCAGCUUCAAUAACCUGGCCCGCCUGGCACAAGAGAGCAGGAACCAGUUUGGUCUUGGAAGACCUACCAAGAAGAUCACCUUUGUCACCAAUGGAUUGGUCAGCAACCUCAGGUCUUAUGGAGCAGAUGUCUUCUCUAUGUGCAGUGGCCUCACCACCUACAUGGCUUAUGAAGUUCACGGACCCCAGGUGAAUCUGGGAUCAUGCAUUACCCUCGAUGUCCUGGGAGUUGUGGAUCUGAGGUACUGCACUGGAAAUUUCCAUGGCAAUGGACAGUCUCAGCAGACAGGUAACAACUGCCAUUUCUCUGGUGCCUGUGUUUUCCAAAACAUGACCCUCAGCAGUCAAACACGUGAGGUGAUUAUCGAGCAAAGGAGCCAGCAGUUCUCCUGGAAAACCAUCUGGAACUACAACACGGGCAUCAUUGCAACCAAAGUGGUGCAAGAGGGAACGUGCUACAUUUCCACCAUGAACAGAAAUGAGAUGCCCACCUUUGAUGCUCUCGUCACAUACGCUUCAGAGAACAGGAACCAGGCUGGCCUUGGAAGACCUACCAAGAGGAUCACCUUUGUCACCAAUGGAUUGGUCAGCAACCUCAGGUCUUAUGGAGCAGAUGUCUUCUCUAUGUGCAGUGGCCUCACCACCUACAUGGCUUAUGAAGUUCACGGACCCCAGCUGAAUCAGGGAUCAUGUAUCUCUCUUGAUGUCCUCAAACUUGUGGAGCUGAAUUAUUGUGGUGGCAAUAUCAAGGCCUGAAAACCUUCAGUCAAGAACAGAGGAUCUGAGCUGCUGCCUAAGGCAAACCCUGAUGCAAUUCUUCCCUCACAUCUCCUUUUAGAGAUGGUCUUGGGGAUUUAGAU